AGUAGUGAAUGAGCUGGAACAAAGGGGUCGUUUUUAAUAUUCCUUUAUUAUUGAUCCAUCAUCUAACAAAGAGAAAUGGAUUUAAGGCCUAGAGGUUCUGCGGUUGUUUUCUGUCUACUGGUUAUUGUCAAUCUGGGCAAGUUCAGUCAAGCGCAAAGCGGUACAGACCUUUGCUCCUUGGAAAAUGCACCAAUCGGUAAUAUUAUUUUUGUGGCGGAAAACAACACUAUCGGUGACAUAGUUGCAACAAUUAUAGCUGAAAAUGAUGUGAAGGUCAUUAUCUCUCAUCAGCAACCAGAGGGUCUCUUCAGUCUUGCAGGCCUCAGUAUCAAGGCCAAUAUUGUGCUGGACUAUGAGACAUUUGACAAGGACAAUCCCUAUUCGGUGGAUAUUGAGUGUACAAAAGAUGAUUCUAAUACCAAAUUAACACUGACCAUAAUUGUUGAGAACAUAAACGACAAUCCACCAGUUUUUGCAGAGAGCCAGUAUACAUUUGACAUCAAUGAGUUAACAAAAGUGGAUACCAGUGUGGCACGAAUCACGGCAACAGAUGCUGAUGGUGAUCGCCUCCUCUAUCGUCUGGAGUCACCUGAGGGAGAAUUUGAACUGCGGGCCACUUUUGAACCUGACAUACUGGUGAAAAAACUUCUGGAUUAUGACAAAGUUAAAAAAGUCACAAUGACGCUAUAUGCACAGGACAACCAGGACACCCACACUACCUCGACCAUCAUCGUUGUCAAUAUCAUAGAUAUCGACAAUCGUCCGCCAUGGUUCCAGCCCUGUACAGAAAUGGAGGUUGGCACAAGCAAAGUGUGCCUGAACUCUGGCUAUGAAGGAACGGUUAACUUAACUGAACAAGCGACAGGUCCUUUGCCUUUGAAGCCAGGUCCAGUCAAUGCUAUUGAUGGUGACAAAGGCAGAAAUGAGGCCAUUGGUUAUACAUUUCUUGGAGGAAAUGAUGAUGGUACAUUUGAUAUCAACACUGACACCGGGAGCAUCACAAUGCUAAAACCAGUAGGCGUAGCAGGUCCAAUCGUUCUUUCAGUUAUGGCAUUUCAAGUGCAGAACAUUGAUCAGUUUGCCACCACCACAGUCAUCCUAAGGGUGGUUGAGAUUAGUAAGCAUCCUCCGAAAUUUGUGAAACCCAGUUACGAAGGUUUUAUCUCAGAGGACGCAGAUGUGGACAGUCUGGUACUGGAGAGCCAAAUAUCCAACAAGCCCCUCCGUGUACAGGCUACAGAUGAAGACUUUUCUAAUGGGGUGAAUCCUAACAUUAGAUUUGAGGUUGUGGAUGGCACUGACUUCUUGAUAACUCCAGAAGGCUUUAUACUCAUGGCAAAGGCUGUUGCCCCUGGCACUAUAAAUUUACAAAUGAGGGUAGUUGACACUACCAACGACGAAUCAAGCACUGCUUUCCUUACAGUCGAGGUUACUCCAGGGGUUCCCACGACCACUAUGGUCACUACUAUCACGACAACGUCUAUCAUAACCACAAAAAAGACCACUGACACACCGCUAACAGAAAGCACCUCCAUCCCCACCUCUAGCUCCACCUCCAUCCCCACCUCUAUCUCCACCUCUAUCCCCACCUCCAUCCCCACCUCUAUCUCCACCUCUAUCCCCACCUCCAUCCCCACCUCUGUCUCCACCUCUAUCCCCUCUUCUAUAUCCACCUCCAUUUCCACCCCUCACCUAGACACCUCCACCUCUAACUCCGUCACCUCCACAACUCCUGGCCCCACCACAGGUGGGCCGCAGAUGAGAUCGGGUGGGUAUAGACCCGAGGAUAUGGCAGCUUUAGGGGCCAGUUUGGCUGUGGUGAUAAUCCUCUGCUUGGUUUCUAUCGGCCUGCUGGUGCACCACAUCAAGGGCCAUAAUGCAGACUGGAAGAAACUGUCUGAGGCUAGCAUCUUCCGUAGCACUCUGGGUGGGGGUCCGGGUGGUCCCAAGAUGGGUAUGCAGUACACUAACAAGAGCUUCCAGCAUGAUGAUGAUUCUGGAAGCAUGAACUCUAGUCUGGCUGCUGACCUGGAGAUGAAACUAGAAUCUGGGCUGAAGUCAGAACCGAGUUGGGCGUCACCACAAGAGCAGGUGACCCCCAGCAGUGCUUCGAUUCUCCAAACACCCACCACCCGCAGCAUUCCACCCGAUUCCACCAGCCUGGGGAGUUUAGAUACCCUAGAUGGCGAGAAGGAGGUGAAACCAAUUCUUACCAAAGAGCGGCGUGCAGAGGAGGGCUACAAAGCCGUGUGGUUUAAGGAAGACAUUGACCCCAACACUAAAGAGGAAGUGGUCAUCAUUCCAGACACCAGUGAGCCAGAGGGAGACAAUGAGGAAGAAGAUGACAGUGAAGAGGAACAAGUAGAUGAGGAACAUCUAAAGACAGACGUGGAUGAAGAGCUGGCAGGGAGAUAUUCUAGAGGCUUUGAAGAUGAAGGUAGAAUGACGUCAGAUUUGUAGAGCUCUGAUUGUAGAGCCUCUUUGGGGAUUACAAAGGAAAUGGACAGCGUAUUCCUCAGCUGAAUGAACAUCACAGCGCAAAAGCUGCAAACAAAAAGGACUUGAGUUUAGCUCAAAUGUUUGCCAUUGAAGCAGAAGAGAGUUAAUUUAUGUUUACAUUAAUUAUAUGCCCUCACCAUUAAUAAGGUUGUAAAAAUAAUGUAGUACACACAGCAAAAAAUCCAGCCUGAUCCUAUGAAAAUUACAUGACUGUUGCAACAUUUUAGCAAAAUGAUAUUAAGUGCUUCAUUACACAUAUCGCGACAGUGCCGAGGUGAAAUGUCUACUAUGUGGCGCUAAAAGCUAGUUAAAUGUUCCUCCAAACAGUUGAGGUUUUUAAGGUUAAUGCUGCAUUGAGUUUUAAAUCAACAAAACCGACCUCCCUACCCUAAGCCUUAAACCUAAACGUAAUCGAUAGUGUCAUAAAAAGCACAUUUGAGUUGAAAAAUGCAAUUGCUGAAGCAACCACAUAAUUUUGUGGUGCUUCAAUGACAUUUUCGACUCGUGUGCUCUUCAGGACUCAUACCCCGGUCCUGUGCAACGCUCUAUCAGUUGAGCUACCGCGCAAUUUGAUCACACUUGAACAAGCUUGUAAAUGUAGCUUGUUAUGGAAUGCAAACGUUAAAAUGUAUCAACUUCAUGGGCUAUAGUAAAAGUUCUUUGAUGUCAUAAGAUAGCAUUGUGUGAGGAACAGGUUGAAGAGUGUUUAUUAACGGAUAAAUCUGAAAGUGAAUAAAAGUCGUUGUUUUAGCGCCUCUAGUGUUCAUAUCACAAGGGAACUGCCAUUGUACGUACAACGAGCCACGUAAAAAUAAUUUUGCAAAAAUGCAGGUAUAGUCACAUGAUUCUAUGAAGCCAGCCUGAAAAAAUCAGUUCCUUAAUUAGUAUUUUAACCUUGUUUUCCUAUAAAAAUAUCUUAUAUAACAUCCUUACAUUUUUUUAUUGAGAAGCAAGAGAUCCAUUAGACUUGGUUUAAGAAUGUUAAGUUCAUUUUUUUAACUCCAUUGUCAAAUUGUUUAUCAAACAAACAGGUUUAUGCUUAAAACAAGAAGAUAUCAUUUGUCAAUAGUUAGAAAUUGAUUAAGGGUAUAGGCAGUAUUCUCUAAAUGCAAAUUUUAAUAACUUAUGCAAUUUUGCUUCUCAAGUAAAAUUUAAAGAUGUAUAGAUAUAUUCACUGGAAUACAAGACAAAACUGCUUAAAAAAUUGUUAGAUUUUUUUAAGUGUGCGAAACAUAAGGACUGGAGUUUGGUUUAAAUGUUUGCCACUGUCGUAAAACAGGAACAUUCAAAUAUUAACUUAAUUUUACUGCGCUAAAAAUCAUCUUAAUAUAUUAUAUAUAUAAUAUAUUUUUUUCAUAUAUAAUUUUUUAUAUCUUAUAGCUAGUAAGGUUGUAAAUAUGAUAUAUAAAAUAAAUAUAAUUGUGUUUUUUUGUGCAUUUGUGCGAAAUGUGCAUUGUUUGAAGCAAAAAAAAUAAAAUAAAAAAUAAAAAUAAAAAAAUCAAUGCUUUUAUU